AUGGUCUCCUUCACAGCCAUCCUCCUCCCCCUCCUCCCCCUCCUCACCUCCGCCCUCCCAACAGCCCCCUCCUCCUCCCUCGCCCCCCGCGAAAACUUCGGCGACAUCACCUUCUACAACACCGGCCUCGGCGCCUGCGGCUUCUUCAACAACGACGAGGAAUACGUUGUCGCAGUCUCCGCCGCCCUCUUCGACUCCCAGAGCGUCUGCGGCCGCUCCAUCAGCGUCAACUUCAACGGCCGCAGCGUCAAUGCCCAAGUUGUCGACCGCUGUGCCGGCUGCGCUUUUGGCGACGUCGAUUUGUCGCCUCGCGCAUUCUCUGAUCUCACUGGUAGCCUCGACGCUGGUCGUGUUCAGGGCUCUUGGGACUUUAUCUAA